AGAAAGGGAGAGGUCGCACGCUACUACUACCAGCUGCGAGAUGGCCACGCCGGGGCCGCCUCAGAAAGCGAUCGUCACCGCCAGCGCAACCGUCGCCAGCGUCGCCGCGUCCGGCGCCACCGCAUCCAACACCGCGUCUGGCUUCACGUUAGGCGCCGCGCCCGCCACCACCACGCCUGUCUUCUUGUUUGGCGUCCCUCCUGCCGCAUCGUCGAACGCGGCGUCUGGAUUCACGUUAAGCGCCGCGACCGGCACCAAGCCAGGCACCAAACCAGGCGCCAAGCCCGGCACCAAACCCGGCACCAAGCCCGGCACCAAGCCCGGCACCAAACCCGGCACCAAGCCCGGCACCAAACCCGGCACCCCGACCGGUGGCGCGUUGGAGAACAAGUUCUCGAUGCUCAACCUGAACUUCUGGGACCCCAUCUCGUUCGAGCACGAGGAGUCGUCGCCUCAGUGCCGCAUGCGGACCAAGCGCGACAUCAUGGACAUCUACGCCGAGCCGCCGCCGGGCGUGUACAUCGCUCCCGAGGAGCACAACAUCACCAAGAUCCACGCCCUGCUGCUGGGUCCCGCCGACACGCCCUACGAGGGCGGCUUCUUCCACUUCCUGAUACAGUGCCCGCCCGACUACCCGAUCCAGCCUCCGCGCGUGCGCCUCAUGACCACCGACGCCGGCCGCGUGCGCUUCAACCCGAACCUCUACGAGAACGGCAAGGUGUGCCUCAGCAUACUGGGCACCUGGGAUGGGCCCGCCUGGAGCCCCGCGCAGUGCAUCGCGAGCGUGCUCAUCUCCAUACAGUCCCUGCUGACGGAGAACCCGUACUACAACGAGCCGGGCUUCGAGACCGAGAGGCGGCUGGGCGACUCGAAGCGCUACAACCUCAUCGUGCAGCACGAGACGAUCCGCGUGGCCGUGUGCGACGCCGUCGAGGCCUGCCUCGAUGGACGCUCGCUGUGCCCGCCGACCCUGAGGGGGGUGAUGCUGAACGCCUUCCCGGACUACUACGACAAGUACGAGCAGGUGGUCAAGUCAAACAUGGAUCUCACAGGUGCGCGCAUGUUCGACCCGUUCGGCGCCAGGAGGGGCCUGUACCAGUACGAGACGUUGCUCAAGCGGCUGCAGAAACUGAAAGAGGGAGUCCGAAAGUGGCUCGAGACCCCGCCUGAACAGAGAGAAUAAGUGGCUCAUGUUUCUGUGUCGUGGCCCGGGAGCACGCAAGAAGCUGAAUCUACUAUGUGAUUUUUUUUUUUUUUUUCGUCUCUCUCUGUCGUUCCUGCGUAGCCAUCUCAGACUGGACGUGAAAGUAAAGCGAGACUUUUUUUUUUUUUUUUUGUUUUUUGAAGCUGUUAAGCUGCGCGAAACAACAGUGUUGUUAACUGUGAGACAGAGUGGUUCGUCUCAGUAGUUCAAUGCAUUCAAAUAAAAAGCUUGACAGCGAA